UUUCUACAACUUGUAAAGCAACAGCAGAGACGGAGAAAGAAUCCAUCCACCAAAACAUAAAUUUAAUAAAGAGAGAACAAGAAUACUGUGGGCGCCUUGGAGUAAAAAUUCUUCCAAUUAAUCGCAACCCUAGCUCAUCUUCGCGUCGUUCUGGUCACAGCCUUCGAUAAUUGGAACAAAUCUCGACAAUUAGGGUUUCUCUGCUCUUCUCAACAUGAACAAGCUGGGCAGAGGGCAGCGUGACAAAGUGCAACAAUUCAUGUCUAUUACUGGGUCGAGUGAAAAAGUUGCUGUCCAAGCAUUGAAGGCUAGUGAUUGGCAAUUUGAAGGAGCAUUUGACAUAUUCUAUAGCCAUUCCCAUGUAAAGUCUGCUGCUGACACUAGGCAUUUAGAGGAGCUUUACAAUAGAUACAAAGAUCCCUAUGCUGAUAUGAUUUUGGUUGAUGGAAUUACCCUCAUGUGCACUGACCUUCAGGUUGAUCCUCAAGAUAUUGUCAUGUUGGUUGUCUCAUGGCAUAUGAAGGCUGCUACCAUGUGUGAAUUUUCAAAGCAAGAGUUCAUCACUGGAUUGCAAUCUCUUGGGAUUGAUUCAAUGGAAAAGCUUAAAGAAAGGAUACCAUUUAUGCGUUCUGAACUGAAAGAUGAACAAAAAUUUCGGGAGAUCUAUAAUUAUGCUUUUGGGUGGGCAAAAGAGAAGGGCCAGAAGUCUUUGGCAUUAGAUACUGCAAUUGGGAUGUGGCAGUUGCUGUUUGCAGAAAAGCAAUGGCCACUAGUUGAUCAUUGGUGCCAGUUCCUGCAGGCUAGGCAUAACAAAGCAAUUUCUCGCGAUACCUGGUCCCAGCUUUUGGAAUUUGCAAGGAUAGUGGACCCUGCAUUGUCAAACUAUGAUCCAGAAGGGGCUUGGCCGUAUCUGAUUGAUGAAUUUGUUGACUAUUUGACUGAACAUGGCAUAAUUCAGAAGGGCAAGUUGAAUGAUUGGAGCUACAAACUGUGAUUGCCUAGUUGUGUAUUAAAUUAUUCUGAGUUUCAUUUUAGAUUGAUGAUGUAAAAUUGAAAAAAAAUGAACUUAAAGCAAUUGUGAGGUAUACUCUGGGGCAUGUUCACACAUUGAUAUCUUAUUUUGAAUCGUUAACAAGUGAUGCAAUGUAUUUUGUGGAA